GGGAGAGGAAUGAAGCGGAAAGCGGACGGGGAGCCGGGCGCAACGGAGUAGUGAACGCAACUGAGGGUCGGGCCGUCAUGGUAGCAAGGCUGUCGGAUUCAAUCAGGCAGGAACAGUAGUGGCUGACGGGAGGAGACCUAAGCCAGCGUUGUGCUAGUUGCAAGGCAGUAGGCAUAGUUUGCUUAACCCAUGGGACGCCCGUUGUGCUUAGCACCAAAGCAUAUAUCGGCUAGAUAAGUAUCGUAAAGCUUAAAUGCCGGGUUGUGGUUCCACUGCUGCAAAAUAAAUGCCGUGCUUGCAUGGCGCGCCUCGUUGUAACGACUCUUCCCCGUCUUUUAUCUGUGAUCUCCACCGCUAGAUGCUCUGUCAUAUAGUUAAUAUUGACCAGGAUAUCUAACAGAAGCCUUGUGAAGAAAACCCUUUUCGUGCAACUCUGUUUAUAAUUGGUGAUGACCAGAGCACUACUAGCGUGCGCAGCCCCGUAGAAUAUCUAUACAGCAAACAUUAACUGGGGACACCUCACGGCCUUUGGCAAAGGCGGAGCGGCAGCUGUUGUGGUAGACGCGCGUGCUCAAUUGUGCACGCGGUCAGCUACCCUUUUGCUCCAAACCUGGAGUGGUAAACAUAAAACAAAACAUAUUUGUGGUCUAUAGCUGCUCAUCCUUAAAUUCAGUCAACCGCUUGGUCAAGAGACCACGUGCAUUGGACAAGCUGUUGUGAGGGCGGCGCCGGGCGUGCCCUCCGGGCACUUCGGCGCGAUGCUAGCCAUGGCACCCGAUCCUGAACCACUUCUGUCCUCAUACGUCUUCAAUUACACGCACCGGCCACGGCGUGAUAAAGGAUGGGCGUUGGCUUAUUCCCUUCUGCUGCUCCUGACGCUCGGAUGGGCGCUUAUUAGCUUAAUACUUAGGCCAGAGCUGGCCUCCAUCCUGUCCGGAGGCUACCUGGACGACCCCGCCCACUGCCCCCAGACCCUGGACCUGCCCCUCAACCUCAACCUUCCCUCGCACCAGCCGCAUGACCUGCAGCAGCUCACGGCAUCCUCCGCCUCCUCCGCUUCAACAUCUUCACCGCACCACCAGCAAAGCACCAUGGCCGCCUUCCUAACCUGCGCUGGCGCAUCCGCACGGGAAUACCUCUUCCCCGCCGCCCUACGCCACCCCUACCUCCCUCCCCACCCCGACCCCCACCACCUGCCAAGCGGGCUAGUCAACACCUCCAACCCCGCCUCAGUCUCCGCUUCCCCCACCUCAGCCUCCUCCACUGCCGUCCACCGCCGGCUCCGGGCCUCGGAGCAGUGGACCGCUGGUGGGGUCAUGAGCGCUGAUCUCCGCGGCGAGGACACCACCACCGCAGCUGCAGCAGCGACCGCGGAGGGCUCGGCAGUAGCAGCGUCACGUGCAGGCGCAGAUGCAUCGGCAGUGAAGAAGAGGGCAGCUGCCGCUGCAGCAGCCGCUGCUGCAGCCGCAGAGGCGGCAGCAGAGGAGGCCGCAGCAGCGGCGGCCGCUGCUGCUGACGCAGCCGCCGGCGCCGUACCGCGUGCCUUGCUGCAGUACGGCGGUUGGCUGCUGCUGGCUAGCCUGGUAGCUGCGGUGGCGGUUGCGGGGCUGUUCCUGGUAGCGUUGCGGGUGCGGCCCGGGUCGCUGGUGCUGCUGGCGUGCGGGCUGCAGGUGGCGGCGCCGCUGGGCUCAGCGGUGGUGGCCAGCAGAGCGGGCAACAGCACCCUUGCUCUGCUGCUGCUGCUAGUCGCCGCCGCACUCGCCAUCUCCCUCUUCUGCGCCCGCGACGCCCUCGUCCUCGUCUCCCGCCUGCUGGCCCUGGCCGCCGCCGCCCUGCGCGACAACCCCGCCCUCCUCGCCCUCGUUGCCGCGCUGAAGCUCGCCCUCGCCGCCGCCACCGCCGUACUCCUCACCGCCGCCGCCGUCAUCACCGCCGCCGGCGACGUGGUGCCCAACCCCCUCCGCGGCGCCGGCAACCCCGCCUGCACCACCCCCCAGGGCCGCCCCGUCACCUGCUGCGCGCUGGCGCCCUCCGCCUGGCUGCCCGCCGCCCUGCCCGCCGCCGCCCUAGCGCUGGUGUGGACGGUGCUGCUGCUGUGGGAGGUCAAGGUGUAUGUGGUGGGCGGGGUGGUGGCGCAGUGGUACUUCGCACCCG